GAGAGUUCAGAAUAAGAGCCAAUGAGUUCUUUGGGAAAUAAAAGACAACGUGAGCGACCAGUAAGGCCGUACAUCAUUCAUCGGUAUUCGCGGAAGAGUCUUACGACUGGUAUCGAUAAUGAGAUGCUAAUGCAAAUCGAUGCUUUCCAGUAUCGGGAUAUCGUAAGCCAUUUCUCGCACAGGCGACCAGUGAGCUCUUACGCGCAGGUCGGCGACGUGUGACGAUCGACACGUGUCUCGGUACAGCCCCGCUCCGAGAAAAUCGCUCGAAAGUCGCGCAAACGGCGGGGGAAUUUACAGAUACACGUGUCAGACUCGAGCGAGUCGAAACCAAACGCGGAAUUCUGAACGAGCAAGUUCUCUAGGACAUCGAUGAAGACUGCGCUUCAGAGAUAAGCUUCCAGGAUGUAUUACAGGAUAAGACUUCGGAAGGCAGCAGUGCCGAUUAUACGGCCCUGAGUACGAUAUGUGUAGUUGGAAACGAUGUUCCAGCUGCGCAUGUGAACGAGGAGCCACAGCUCGGGCGCCUAUGCUCCGUUUCGACUCAGCUCCUGUCGCCUUUUUUCCUCAGAGGCAUCAUCGAUCCAGACGUAAUUUCGAGCCGCGUCGGAUUCCGGUCUAACGGGAACGCCGUCGUCGUACGGUGCCAACCCCUUCGACCGUUCAGUCACACAGCCGGGAAUCCAGCCCCACCGGGAGUUAACGCGAACGGGCUCUAUUCGGCGCUCUUCGUUUCGUCGUGCAGCCCGUGUCGCGGUGACCCGGUCACCCCCGGCGCCGUCGUCUGCGUCGCAGCAGACGGCCCGACUUCCGUGAGCACCACGGUACGAUCAUGCACCCGAGCGUAAUGCUAUUGUCGGCGUCGGCGGCCUUCGUCGCCGCCGAGAGCAUCCUAAUGACAGAGGUCUUCGUCAUUCCCAUCAGGCCGGAGACUUUCGACUGGAAUGCAGAUGGACACACCGAUCAAUUCUCAUAUCAGCCCUCCUUGCUGAACGCUCCCGAUCUACCGUCAUGGAUACACUACACGUACAGCAAGAAGGAUCAUCACGGUUUCUUAUAUGGCGUCGCGCCCAAAGAUCAAAAGUACAUUCAGCUGGAGAUCGUGGGCCUGAACAAGCACACCUACGAAACCCGGUACAAGAUGCUCGAUAUGAACGUGCUCGAGAGGGAAAACCUGACAAAGUACGAGGUGCACCUGAAGAUCGACAACCUCAACGUGGAGGACAUGUUCGAUCACAAUCGCACCGAGAAGCUCCUCGACAUAUUCAGGAAAAAGCUGUGGAAAGGCGCCGCGGAUCUGUACAUGACCUUCUUGGCGUCAGCGAUCGAGCUCGGCGCUCGUUUACCCUUGAAGCCCAGCGAAGGCGAAGGAGUGGUUGUCCGGCUGGGUAGUACAGUGCCGUUUUCGCAAGAGCUGAACGAAUUGCAGGAGGAAGUGAAGCCGCUGUGGAAAAUGCCAUCGUGCCCCAGAGAUUUCAAGAGAACCAGCGUGGAAAUACUUUUCCGAGAAGCCGAGUUCAGAUUGGACUGGUGUUCUUUCAGAUUGCUGGAGGAAGACCAGCUAAGCGUGCAGCACGAAAGCGCCCGGCGAGGUCCCAGCGUGAACGUCGUCGGGUUGUCCUCGUCGGGCAUCUCCGAGCACACGGAGUGGCGCUGGGCCAGAUUGACGAAAGCCAGCAUACCCACGAGAAGCUACUUCAAGGAGAUCGCCACCACGAUUUUCGUGCCGGUGAUUCUGUUGCUCGCGCUGGGCGCCUUACUCAGCACCGCUCUCUGCCUGCAUCACGAGAAAAUGACGGACCCGGAGUCAGAUGAAUAUUUUGAUGAACUCUUUAAUAUUUUCCUUAUGAGAGAACAAUCUGUCAGUGAAAAGCGGGAACCUACGCCAGUCGAAGGAGUCGGAAACAACGGCAUACAGAUGGUGCAGUACGCCAUGUCAGAGAGAGGCACUCUGAAAUCCCUGUCGGCUCAGCCACCGAGCCCGAGCGACUCUUUGUCGCGAAGCCCAAGGGCGUCCGGCGAACGUUGUAACCCGUACAUUCGCCCGAACCCACCGCCCUAUAUUGGACCAAGUAAUUUUGCUGGUCUACGAGCCGAUUUCUGACUACACGAGGAACCCGCGAAGACGUGGUUUUGCUAACUGAAUGUAGUUCGCGGGUGGCUUCGCCGAUGCUACGAGAUAUGCAAACUCAUCGAAACCGGCUCUGAAUUUGCAAGUUGAUGUAGAUAUUUUACAGGUUGUUGCAGAAACAGGUAGCCAAACUUUAGGAGCAUGUUCGGCUCAUUUCAGAAAUGAAUAGCUUAUACAAACAAGCGCUUAGAAGUUCUUCCUCUCUUUCUCUUUCCGAGACAUAAAUACUUGUUCUAUAUGAUAGAGAAUUUGCUAAGAAUUUCUUAAUAAUCUUUACAUCGAUUAGCAAAGAUGGAUCAAUCGCGUGACAUGCAUGUCCUUUUGAUUUAAAUCUUCUUAGUCUUCACAUGUGUGAGCAUGUCUCGAGACUUACGUUUAUGAUAAGUUUUGUAGUAUGUAACUUGUAGAAUGUAUUUCUGACUUCUAAGAAGGAAGUGUUUCUGCUACCAGUUUCUGAAACAAUGCAAAACACUUAUUAUCGGUAAUGGUAAACAUAUAUUUGCAUCAUGUUUUCGAAGCAAUACAAUGUAGCUCGUUGUUAAACAUCGCUUAUUUUAUCGGCUGUUUUGGAGCUAAAAUAUUAACCAGAACGUGUUUACGUGGAUAAGUUGCAAAUAUAAAAAAAAACGUGAACGUUAUGUUUUAUAGAAUCGCCUACAUUACAACGAUUAAGGGUCGGUUUAUCCAACCUCUUGCUAAGCUAACUAACAGUUAAAUUUUAUGUCUGUUUCUAUCUAAUUUAAAGGAGAAACAAAGACAGACGUAUGAGUUAACUGUUAGUUAGCUUAGCAAGAGGUUGGAAAAACCGGCCCUAACACUUACAUAACCUUUGAUGUGAUUGUAUAUUGCGAUAGUCGCAGUGUGUUAAAUACGAAUUUAUACUAAAAUAAAAUAAAGAUAAACAUAUAUAUAAUAUUAUACGGAA